CCGUCACAAUCGCCGACUCAAACGCAACAACAAGCACAAACAGCCGCCUCAACCAAAACCAAUAAUGCCGCUAUUUUAAGUUUAUUGAACAGUAGUCCUGCUAAUUCACUUCAACAGAAGAAUCAAGGCCAAACACGGCGUAUUUCCCUCAACGCCUCAAUUCCACCACGAGUUAUUGGACAUGGAAAUGUUAUAACUGUUCCCAACACCACAGGCCAAGUCAGAGUUAGUUUUAGCUCAGCUUUAACGAGUCAAUUGACUGGUAAACAGCAAUCAGUCAAAGCGACAGCAGUUCGAUUAGCAAGAGUACAAGAUAAUACUUCCACUCUUGGACUCUCAAUGCCAGGACUUUCAGCACUUCUCGCUGGAACACCAUCGGCAGACAAUCCCAUACCUGGUAUAAAUACUGCUUCGACACUAUUAGAAAGGCUAACAGCCUCUUCAAAUCACGGUAACCAGCAGCCAGCGAGUCCCAUGACGAGCCCCUCGCCUACCAAUGUCAGUCUCCAGGGAGUUAAUCUUACCAAUUUACCUGGCUCUAUAAAUGGUCUACAAAACGUUCAGGUCUCAUUCCCUGGAUUGUCACAAUCUAUUACAAUGCCACUGAAUGUGUCCGCUGCAACUGCCUCAGUUACACCUACUGGAGUAAUUGUAUCUUUACCCAUAUCGUCUGGCAGCAAUAUCUGUACAACUGUAUCAAGUAUGAUUGGUGCAACAGUUGUGACAACAGCAGUUGCUGGAACAACUCCAACAGUAGUAAUAGCUAACCCUGCUAAUACACACUUAUCCCUGCCAAUUGCUCAGAUUAUCCCAUCAGGCGUAAAGAGUUUGGCUCAGCAAACUCAAAAUAUACGAAAUACCAAUACAGUGGCUCUUUCACAGAAGAGUGGACAGGCAAUACAACUGGUGGGUUCCCAUCGGCCACGGCUUAAUCAAAUAACCCGCAAAGCGCAACCGAACCAAGUCACAUCCACUGUUUUACCUAAUCAGCUGGUCACUGUAGCGAAAACAGUUACUGCAAGUCAGCUCAUCUUGUCUGGUAAUAAACAAGUGUUAACACCAAUAAUGGCUACAACGAAGCCGCUACUAAUGGCAACUCAAGCGAAUCAAGCUAUACAAGCAACGCCGUCUUCCCAAACAGUACCUGGCAAUAAACAUGCUCUAUUGACAAAAUCAUUGCACGCAAGAGGCGGUGCAACUGGUCAAAUUGCUUCCCAGACUCAGGGAAUAGGUGUGACCAGCUUAUCGCAGCAACAACUUCAGCAACUUCAACAAUGUUUAGUUGCUCAACAAAAAGCAACAGUAGUUGCUGCUAGUAAUUCACCCAACCGAAGUCAAAUUCAACCUAGAGGUGCUGUACCACCGUCUACUGACGAGUCUCUGUGAGCUUCCUAAAGUUCUUUUAUUCUCUUUAUUCCGCAACAUGGUUAAAUCUCAUUUCAAUUAUUCUCUCCCCGCCCCCUUAAUAUCUCAUUAUUCUAUGAUGAUAAUAAUCCGUCUUUUUCUGACCCACCAAUACUUAGUUAUAAAAUUGAUAGCAAAUCCUCAUUCGUUAGCGAUAUAUCAUCUUACUAAAUUAACAUUGAACGAGAAAAAAAACAACGGACGGAAUUGCGAGUAUUAUAUUGUAGAAUAGAGAGCAUUAUUAUUAGAUCUGCAACGGAAAGUUUAAAUUAUUGUACGCAUCCACCACCAUAUCGUACGUACUUACGAUAUUAUAUAAUAAUUAUUAUAUAUUAUAUAUUAAUGAUUCGUUUUAUAUGAAAGAUUAAAAAAGCAAAAAA